AUGCAUCAAAGUGAUCGAGUGAGGCUUCAAUUUGGCUAUGUACAAAAUAUACCCGAUCCACCACAGUGCCUCAAAGAACAUCACAGGAUGCAUACAAACAAGUCCAAAAAAAUAGCAUGGACUGAACUCUUUCACGAAGAGCAACAAUGUUGGACUGAUAGAGAAUCAUAUAUGUUGCAGGGAAUUCAAUUAGAAGAGGAGACAAAACCAUCGCAAGAGUACAUGCAUUGGUAUAGGUCGCUUCCAAUAAUAUAUGCAUCAUACGAACACUAUCUCACUGACCCCCGUUCAAUUCCAAGUGGGUCUCAACAACAACCUCAACCUCAACCUCAACCUCAACCAUUUCAACAACAACCUCAACCUCAACCUCAACAUCAAUUCUUCCAACAACAACCUCAACCUCAAUUCUUCCAACAACAACCUCAACCUUUCCAACAACAACAUCCUAACCCCAAUUAUUCUCAACUACAUACUUCUAGCCCUUACGUUGACCCACAAUACACCUCCUACACACAAUACACCCCAUCCCACUCUCAAACAAAUUAUAACUACCAAACCCAACACCAACAAUCCCCUUACAUCCAACAAAACCCUUCAACCUCCUCACACAAUCCACCACCCACCACCUCUUACUUCCCAACCGUGAUCCAAAAUGACCCGCCGCGAAGACAAUCCACCCCAAACUUAAACUUGGAUCUUAAUAUCAAUGAUUUUGAUGUCGACCAUAAUAUUGAAUUCCUAACUCAUCUUUGGUCUCCUCAACCUCCAACACAAGAAACACAAGAACAAGACGACCCUACUCACCGCCAACACUGA